AGAAUUUAGUACGUAUUGAAUUCUCGAUCGACACACAUCGUCUCUCGACUCACCACACGACUUAAUUUCAACGAACAUGUGUAAUAAAGUAAAGUGUUGUGGUGUGUUUAAGUUGACUAAUUUUCUCUAGAUAUAUUAAUCUUAGACACUUGACCAAAAUUGUCGGUCGAAUGGGUCAACAAUAAACAUGUGAAUUGUAACCAGUCUGGUCGCCUACUCUCGGUGUCCUUGAUAAUAUAUGAGCAUUUUUCUCAUGAAUGGAUUCUUCUUACUGUGCUUCGUCGUGGUCACAGUACCGGAUGUUCUGGUGCUGGGUUCACCGGAAGCCGCGAAAAUAAUGGACCAGAAUCCGCCACCGACUAUGUGCACUUACAGUAGAACUAAUUCAAUAUUGAAAGCGCGGUGCUCCAAAUUAAAAUCGAACGAGAUUCCGUUAGAUUUGAAGGCGAACAUACAGAUAUAAGCAUCUUUCUCAUUAACGGAUUCUUCUUACUGUGCUUCAUCAUGGUUACGGUACCGGAUGUUCUGGUGCUGGGUUCACCGAAAGCCACGAAAAUUGUCGACCAGAAUGCGCCGCCGAUAAUGUGCAACUACAGCAGAGCUAAUUCAGUACUGAAAGCUCAAUGCUCCAAUCGGAAAUUUAAAAAAAUCCCUAUGGAUUUAAAGGCGGACAUACAGAUGCUGGAUAUGAGCGGGAGUCAUUUGAUGGUACUGACGAAUAAAAGUCUGCAUUCUUACAAGAAACUGACCUACAUCAAUCUAGGUAACAAUUUCAUCUAUAAAAUUAACAAGGGAGCCUUCGCCAAUCAGCCUUACUUGGAGGUGCUGAAUCUCACGAAGAACUUAAUGUACACACUGCCCAAAAGUAUCUUCCAAUUGCCGUAUCUUCACUCGCUCUACCUCGACCGUAACCUGCUCCACGAUUCCAUGUUCAAGGUAAAGGUCACAUCGCCUCUCAGAGUGCUGGAGCUAAAUAGGAACUUGCUAUCCGUGAUCCCGAACAUAGGCGUCCAGAUGACCCUCCUUAAUCUGAACCUGUCCGGCAACGUAAUCACCUCGAUCAGCACCGAGGAUCUGGCGCCGUUUUGCUCGCUGAAGGACCUUGACCUGACCAGUAAUAGGAUCAGAUUCAACGGGAGCAGCUGCGAUUGUCAGAUGUUCAGCGCAUGGGUGAAGCUGCGGCAGAUCAAGAUAAAGACAGACGAUCUCUACAAAUGUACCGAGUCACCGGCAGCUUUGAACGAGACCUGCGCCAACGUAAGAUUCAGCAAUCGGACGUACGAGCUGUUCGACCAGUGCUCGGCCAUGAUACCGCAGAAGAUAGAGACCGAGGAAGUUGGAGCGGUCUGGAUAAGCGUCGCCUUAUGCAUUAUAGUGCUCCUCUUCGUGGUGUUUAUGGCGUUGUUUUACGUGUACAAGCGGUACCGUAGGGAGCAGAUAGAGGAACUAAUAGCGAACGAUUACGUCGAGCGAGAACUAUCGUGCUUGUGUUUAUUGGAAAAGUUUAAUCGACUCAGGAUUCACAAGGCAUUUAAUCGAAUAUAUAUCUACGUACCAAUGUUUGUAUGUAAUCCAUUGUUGUAUCAAUUUUUGGAAUAUUUAUUAGAAAGAGUACACUGGACAUACAUUAGACAUCCUUGUGCCAUCUGGGUAUGAAUAUAUUAAUCUCCGCGAAGCUGUCUUCUUCAUUGAUUACUUUCGUUAAAGCCUGUUUUCUCUUUUUUCCAUUUACAAUAUUAAGCAAUCUCCAAUAAUAAGUACUAUUAAACGUCCAAAAGUUUUUUUUCGAUAUCUCUGACUUCUGGAGAUACAUUUAUUAUAUAGCCUCUUGAAUACAGACGUUAUGAUCAAUAAAAGCGUUAUAAAUUAUCAUUCAGUUAUAAAAAAGGCAAUUUCGCGGAGAUUAAUAUAUUUAUACCUUGACAGCACAAAAAUGUCUAAUGUAUGUCCGGAGAAUAUUCGUUCUUAGACAUUGAGAUAUUCUUAAUCAAUCCAAAUAAGGUCUAUCGGACAUUCGAUGAACGUCCAUUAGUUGGACAUUUGUCACAAUUUGGUACAUCUACAGAAUGUACGAAAUAUAGCCAGCUUUGGAGCUUGCUCAAUUAUUGAUUUUGGAUCUAUUAUGGACUGAUUUAGGAUAUCUUUUUUUAAUUGUAAAUUUUUAUUAACAAUAACAAUUAAAUAAA